ACCAAAAUAGAGCCAAGUGAGACAGAUGAAAGUCAAUAUCAUUUCUUUGCUACCAUCUUUUACUCAACAUACAACAAAACAGAAUACUCUCGAUAAAUUAUUGAAUCAUUGAUAUUGCUGGUCAAUCAAAACCAAAACCAUGGCUUCGAAGAAAUCAAAACCAGCUCCAACCGAUGAUGAAUUGAAUGAACUCUUAGAAGGCAUUGAUGAAGUUAAAGUUAUAGCACCUUCUUCCAAGGGAACUUCGAAAUCACAUAAAACAAAACAACCUUCUCAAUCAGAACAGGAUCUACUUGCAGAACUUGAAAACCUUGGAGCUCAGCAACCAAGUAGACCACAUACACCACGAAUUCAACAAGUGAAGCGUUCGAAUACAGCAACCCCUCCUCCAGCUUCCCGCAGAAGUGAGGACAGAUCAAGCGAGGAGAAACCUACUCUACCUCGAAAGUCUGUUGACAGUACUCGGUCAUUUCAUACUAGUUUCACCCCUUCAGCAACUAGUAGCGAUCUUCAAGAAGCUGAAAAAAAAGCUCCAGUUGCUCAACCUGCUACUGAAACUGCAUCAGCGGGUGGGGGAUGGUCCUGGGGAAGCGUCUUUGCAACGGCAACAGCUACAGCUAGUGCAGCUGUUACUCAAGCUCAAGCUGCAGUCAAAGAAAUUCAACAAAAUGAGGAAGCAAAACGAUGGGCGGAACAAGUUAAAGGAAACGUUGGGGUUCUUAGAGGUUUUGGUAAGAUAUUAAUUUGAUUCAUUGGCAAGCGAGGGAUAUGCUAAUCAAAGGUGAAGGUGGUGAGUUGAGAUCAAGAGCUCUUCCGACCUUUACAAAUAUUCUACAUACUCUCGCACCACCUAUCUCAUCCCACGAACGACUUCAAAUUCACAUCACCCAUGAUUUUAUCGGUUAUCCUUCUCUUGACCCUCUCAUUUAUUCUACAUUUUCUCGUGUAAUGGCUCAAGUUGAAGGAGGAGAUCUACUUGUCAUCCAACGUGGCCACGAAUCAACAGCACGUCGCGCAUCCGAAGCUGGCUAUACUGGAGGUAACGCAGGAUGGAGCGAUGGACCAUGGUGGCGCGUAGGAACUGAUAAUCGCGAUAUUGGCUCUGUAAAAGGACUAGUCGAAGGAACGAAACUCGUCCGCGUAAGCGCAGAAGCUUAUUCGAAGGAGUAUUUCGAUGCCCAUGGUGGACUAGAACUCGCGGCUCAGCGAGCCACCGAAGAUCUUAGCGAGUCGAACCCAGUUCGAAGCAGCGAUAUUUUCAUGGCCGUCCAAGCGAUUACCCAUGAAGCACCAAUCGAUUUGUUCCAAGGAGGUCCGGUAACAGAGACGGAAGGAGGUGUUGUUGACGAUAAACCGAAACCUGAUGAAUUAAUCUCCUUCGCUAUUUACCUCCACGAUCCAGUCCACACCAUAACGUUCUCUACACUUACCCAAGCUAUUCCCGCAAAGUGGAUUGAAUGGCUCGAUGCUCCCGCUCCACUUACUCCUGUCUCCGCAUCUUCACCAUCAAGAGAAAAGUCCGGAUUCUUCGGUGCAGAAUCAGAGAGUGCGCACACAGGGUUACCGGAAGAGAUUCAGCAAAUUAUAGAAAGUGGAGGAGUGGAUCCGCGCGAAUGGGUUGCAGAAUGGGUGGAGGAGACGCUGAGUCUGGGAGUGGGGGUUGUAGCACAAAGAUAUGUGGCAAAGAGGAUGGGAGUUGGUGAAGGUGGUAUUGGAAAGGGAAAGGCUAGGGUGGAGGAGGUGCUUGGCGACGGAGGUGGGGAGGCAGCAAGAGCGGGGUUGAUUUGAUGGGAUUUGGGAGAAGGGAAAGCGGUAUUGGUGGUUCCCAUGACUGUUCCAAGGCGUUUUAUAUCUUUCGUCAUGUCAUGGUGUAUUAGUCAGUUUAUGGAUGUUUAGUUGUGUAGGCGCGUCAGGCAACCAAUGCGUGCAUCAUUCUUCUUCUUUUUUGGGCCAAGGAAGGAAUGGGCACAAGUUCUGGAUUGUAUGAGCGGGUGUGGUAUUUUUCGUUGUUUUUGUCGUACUUGUUUCUGUGACUAAUA